CGAACCAGAAACGCGACUUUCUUCUCUUCUCCGGGACAAAAAGUCCUGAAAAGAAAACGACCCUGGGAAGGUGCAGGAGUCGCGCUCCUUGAAACUGGCUGGCCUGAAAUUGUUUUCUACAUGAGGAGGACGGUGUUGGGUUACAGGGAAGGAAUCAGAUCGGGGAGGAGGGGGGGGGGGACUUCUCCAGCUGGUCCACAACCUCCCUCUCUCCUCCCCAUCGGGGCAGCCACGUGGAUAAUGGAGAAGCAAGGCGCCGAGUGAAGGCGAGGGGCAGAACAUGCGCCUUCCCAGGCUCCCCCGGCCGGCGCUGCGCGGGGAUUCUCCCUCUGCCCCGUCCUGCCAUGCUGCUGGAUCGCCCAGGCGAAGCCGACGGGAGGUGGGUGCCUGGCGGUGAAUGCCACGCAAGCAAGGAGCAGCAGGGCGCGCGGGGCGCUCCUCCAGCAAGAUGCCCAAGACCGCCCGGGCCCGGGGGCUGCAUGCGCGCCGCGGCCUGGUUAGGUAAGGGGGCCCGGGGAAGGGGCAGGCGGAGCGGCUCCGGCUUGGGCAGGGAAGGCGCCCAACUUUCCCCGCGAUGCACAAACUCCGGAAGCUUUUCCGCGGCAGUGGGCGAGCCUUGGCGCUGAUCUUCGCCGCCUCGGUCCUCUGGCUGCUCUUUGACAUGGCAGCCCUCAGGUUUUCCUUCAGCGAGGUCAACACCAGGGUCCUGAAGGAGGAGGUCGGCAGGGAGAGAGGCAGAGUGGGGCGAAACCCGGGCUACAGCCCUGGUGGGGCCCGGGAGGCACCCAAACUUUCCCCCAGAGGACUGGGAAGGGAUCCAACGGAUGAGAGGCUGGAUGCUGGCGGGGCUGAACUAGACGGAGGACAGGAAAGGCAAGGAAAAGAUAAGCAGAGGAGGGCCUGGGACCCCUCUGACUCCACACCGGAGAAAACGAUUGUUCUGCACAGGAUGAUCCCGCUGAAACUCUGGAGCCUGCCGCCUUCUGCUCCCAGGGAAGAGAAAGUGAGGGGGGCUCUUGAAAAGGAAGGAAACUCCACUGGCCUCCUCGGCUCAAAGCAAACUCUUGCAUGGGGGCUGCAGCAGACCCAGUUAGCAGCUGCUGGGGGCCACUCGCUUGUCCCGUCAACGCACAGUGCAGCUACUGUCGGCAACCAAGCAACUCAGCAAGCACACAGACAGUUAACUGAGGAGUUGAGGGAAAGAAAGGAGGUUUUAUUAAAAGUCGGAUUGGGGGAUAAAGGAUCUUUGGCUGGGCUGAAGCAGGAGUUGCCAACUGGAGUCCAAUCUCAGGCCAGGCACCCGAUACUGAAAAUGCCGGUUAAUGAGACCGGGGUGAAAGAAAAAAUCAGAAACAUUCACAACAUGACAAAGAGCUUGGAUUUACCUGUCAGAAAGCCGGCUGCUGUGGAAGCUAAGGAGAAACAGGCAGCGCCAGCAAACAUAACAGGCCCCGGGCAACAACCCAAAGAUGAUGUGAAAAGGCAACUUCCUUCUUUGGAAGACCAAGUGGUCUUUAUCAGCAAGGAAAGAGCACGGACUCCCUCACAGCAGACCCUCCAAGCAGAUGCCAAAAUAAACAUUACAAACAGACCAAUAGAGAAGAAUGCACCAGGCAAAAUGCCUCUGAAGAAGAGUAACGUCACCAAGGCGGCCACUUCUAGAAAAACCAUUCUGGUUGGUACCACGGUGCUUGGGAAAGUACACAAGGUCGAUGUAGCUGAUAAGGACCAAUUACCAAAAAUCAAUCCAAAUGACAGUGUGAUCCCUUUAUCAGGAAGUCCCCGAAUGCACAAAGUGUUAACCAUUGAUAGAACUAUUGCUCCAAGGGACCCCAAAGCAGUGGGGCAAUUUGGACGCCCUGCUGUGGUCCCAAAUGAAAAGCAAGAAGAAGCAAAGAAAAGAUGGAACGAAGGGAAUUUUAAUGUCUAUCUCAGUGACUUAAUCCCAGUGGACCGAGCCAUUGAGGACACAAGACCUGCUGGAUGUUCAGAUCUUCUCGUUCACAAUGACCUUCCCACCACCAGCAUCAUUAUAUGUUUUGUGGAUGAAGUGUGGUCCACUCUCCUGCGUUCUGUUCACAGCGUCCUCAACCGGUCCCCUCCUCAGUUUAUUAAAGAGAUUAUUUUGGUGGAUGACUUCAGCACAAAAGCUUACCUCAAGGAUAAGUUAGACCAGUACAUGUCGAAGUUUCCCAAAGUUCGUGUCCUUCAUCUCAAAGAAAGGCAUGGUUUAAUACGAGCUAGGCUGGCUGGAGCGGAGAUUGCUAAAGGUGAUGUCCUGACAUUCUUAGAUUCUCACGUAGAAUGCAACGUAGGGUGGCUGGAGCCACUGCUGGACAGGAUCUAUUUAAACAGGAAGAAAGUUGCUUGUCCUGUUAUUGAAGUCAUCAGUGACAAAGACAUGAGCUAUAUGACUGUGGAUAGUUUUCAACGGGGCAUUUUUACAUGGCCAAUGAAUUUUGGGUGGAAGCCAAUCCCUCCAGAUGUAAUUGAGAAAAACAAGAUUAAGGACACUGAUAUAAUUCGGUGUCCUGUAAUGGCAGGUGGGUUAUUUUCCAUUGAUAAGAAAUAUUUCUUUGAACUUGGAACCUAUGAUCCUGGCCUGGAUGUUUGGGGAGGUGAAAACAUGGAGAUUUCAUUCAAGGUUUGGAUGUGUGGAGGUGAAAUUGAAAUUAUCCCGUGUUCCAGAGUCGGCCAUAUCUUCAGGAACGACAACCCCUACUCCUUCCCCAAGGACCGCAUUAGCACUGUGGAACGGAAUUUAGCUCGAGUCGCUGAGGUUUGGAUGGAUGAGUAUAAAGAUCUCUUCUAUGGGCAUGGGUACCACCUCAUCCAGAAAAAACUGGACGUCGGGAACUUGACUCAGCAGGUAGAGCUGAGGAAGCGGCUUCAGUGCAAAAGCUUCAAGUGGUACCUGGAAAAUGUCUACCCUGACAUAGAGGCGCCUCUUCUUAAAGCCAGUGGCCUGAUUGUUAACACAGCAUUGGCAAAGUGCAUCACUGUGCGCGAAUCUACUCUGGCCCUUGAAACCUGUGAUGUCAAUAAUGAGAACCAGAAAUUUAACUACACUUGGUUGAGACUAAUUCAGCAAGGAGGCCUCUGCGUGGCACUGACUGAUGCUAAAGGGACUCUGGGCCUGCACCCUUGUGAUAAAAGAAACAAUAGUCUGAAAUGGCUACAUAAAUCACUGGUUGCUUUUCAUCAACUCAUGGAUCACAUUGUUCUAGAACACCUUCCACGGGCCACAUGCUUAGAAGCGGAUCAGUCUCGGAAAACCCUAAGGGUAAACAGUUGUUCUGCCUCCAAUCCUUAUCAGAAGUGGCAGUUCAGAAAUUAUUAUGCUGACUGAAAAGAAAAAUGAGGAAAUCAGACAUGGGAGCCAGUGAAUUCAAUAAUGACAGCUGUGAAACUUCUGAUGGAAAGUAAACGGCUAGCUCAGUUCUUAGCCACAACUGAACCCCACCCCUUUCGAAGAAGCAAAUGGAAAGGUCAGAAGAAAGAGCUGGUUUAACGUGACCUAAUGCAAACGAGACUUGUUGUCUUGAGGUUUACUUGGCGGAAACAAAUUUUUCUGUAGUCAUUUCUUCCUAGAUCGAUGCCAGCAUUCCUUUUAGAGUAUACAGCGGACAGAACUUGUCACAUCUUCUUUUUUCUUUUCUUUUUAAAAAAGGAAACAUUUAGGAGCUUUCAACCUUUUAAGGUUUCUCUUAUUUUCAAAACUUUAUUAGCACCCUAGUAUACUUACAUAUCUGAAAAUAUCUGAAAACAUUGGCCCAAGUAUGUUGCCUGAGCAUAGGUCAAACCGGAUUGGCCAUGGCAGCCAGGGGAGCACCUACUUCAAAGUCAUGGAGGAGCUUGACCAAACCAUGGUGGGGUGGGGGGGACAGAAACUUUGAAAACAACUGGCAAGAAAAUCACAGACUCUUCCAAGAAUCAAAGAGAAGUGCAAGGAAAAUUGGAAGGCAAAACAUCUGGAUUGGAAAAGUCAAAAGUACUAUCUCUAUUGAACACAACUCUGAAAUUAGAAGAACAAGUUUAUCCUGCUUUUCUGAAUUUAGGUGGGGAAAGUGGUGUAUUAUAAUGAAUGAAUCAGGGAUAAUUUCAGGUUGGGGAUUGGCAGACUCCUCUGUUGCCCAUCACCAGCCCCCCUCCUGUGCCUCCCUUUCUACCUCCUCCUAGCCCCCUCAAUCCCCCUAUGUCUCCUAAAAAGUGGUUCACCCCACCGCAUAUGUCCUAGGAAGCUUUCACAAACUCCUACAAGAUUCUUUAGUCUUGUAAUAGUUCAGUCGCAUGUUCCUACAUGGAGUGGAGUUGGUAUUUUCAAGGCAGUUUAAGGUCCUUGUUUUGCUGUGCCAAAGCAGGUUGACAUGUGGGCUGGGAGCACAUUCUGUCAGCUGCGUCUUAUUCACCAAGUCUCGUUACUAGACUCAGCUACCUCCUCCCCUGCAUCUCUGCCCUUUCCCCAUGCUCAAGCCUCCUGUGGCCUGCACCCUACAGUGGGUGUAGCUGGAAGUGCUGCAGCCACGGCCACCAGGAGUGUUACCACUGUGCACCACCCACGUGGCCUUCCCCAACAAUAUUAAUUUAUUUAUUUAUUAAAACGUGGGAAACAACAUUAAAAUUGAUUGAAAACAACAUUAAAUAGAAUGAUUGAAAACAGCAUUAAAAUGAUGGAAACAAGAGUGAACUUUGGGAACAAGAGUGGCUUACAAAGGAAUGGCUUGUGUGCAAGUGGAAAGGAAGUGUGCAGGUGGAGGGGAAGCCAUCAGCAGUGGGCCCAUCAAAAGCCCUGCGCAGCUGCCCAGCCUCAGGGUACGCUGAUGCUGGCCCUGGAAUGAAUGUAUUCAUUGCAGAACAUGGGACAGGAAUGCAGGCGAUCUCAUAAUUCCAUUCCCAAGCUCAAGUUUCUACAUUUCAGGCACUUUCACCCAUGCUGAAUAAUACACUUCCAAUGCACUUUAAUGAUCAUUUGAAAGUGGAUGUUGCCAUUUCACUCAGUGAAAAUCCAGGUAAAAGUGCAUUGGAAGUGGAUUGAAAGUGCACUAUUCAGCAUAUGUGAAAGUGCCCUAAGAAACUAGCAAUACCUGAACGGUAGAACUUCUGUAAUGAUCAUACCAGUGGCUAUAACAGAAUCCUGUUCAGGCUUUCAGUGUGGGUAACUUGGGGGUCUCGAUAAUAACCUAAGAGUUCAGAAACAAUAACCAUUUCACUGGGCUGAACUGCUUUCUGCAGUAAAGAAUCACACGCUUCCUAAAGCCCACCAUAGAACUUGCUAUACAGUGGAAAGCCAAUGGUAGCUUUUAGGCCACUGAACCAAGCGUGGGCAUGUUUCUGCAGUUGCUUGGCAACAGAGGGAUGUGCUUAAGAGCACUAAUACUCAUAACUGUAUGGUUAUAGACAGCUGCCUCCCCAGAGGGUUAGUCACUCCCCACGUAAGUUUUAAUGCCACCUCUGUGCGGCACACAAGUGUAGAUCACACCCUUUACCCUAGAAAAAAUAUAAAGGCUUACUGCAAAAUUCUGCAAUGUGGAGCCACUCCAGAGUGUGAGACAUCGGCAGACUGUCCACUGCCCAUCUGGGACAUCUGCUGCUAGGUUUUAUUAGCUCAGACUGCAGCUUGGAGGGUCAAAUUUUAGCAUGUGCUCUUUCAAAAUUGGAGACGGUUCAUUCCUUAGCAGCAUAUCUGUCUCUUGCAGGAUGCAGAAAAAAGUAAAUCAUAAAAAGCUCUUAAAGCUACUUCUCUUAAAGCUACUGUUUGACAAUUUCAUUGCAGACAGCCGAGCCUGGAAACCUCGUUUGAAUCUGGCUUCCUCUGCCCUGAUUACUGAUAUAUUCUUCUCCUUUUCCUUAACCAGACUUGGGAAUCAUUGCUCCCAGCACAUUCAGCCCAAACAUUGCUGUGAGAAGACUAGACCGAUACAUUCUCCUUGACAGCGUAAUUCUGUUUGUGAAAACUUUUGUUGGUUUGUUUUUUAAAUGAGGUCUCAUUCUUUUUCCUACCUGCAUUCUGAAGUGCCACUGAUUAAUUCUGUGGAGUGGUUGACACAACACUUAUUUGUUGGUCGAGAAGGCAGUGUACAUUAAAUGCGUCUGGUCAUUUUGCAGGGUCCAUUCCAUAGUUAGCAUCCUCAACCUUGUAAACUCAAAGCUGUCCUCACUAAGGGCGAGCCCUCCCCAUUUUAAUCGGUAAAUUUCAGGUUCAAGUUUUUAAAACCUGGAAUUUUUCAGUAAAGCUGAAUAAAACUGAUACCCAUUGGCUUUAUUCAAUUUUUUAAACCAAUUUGGCAGGGUUUUAAAAACCUGAACUUGAAAAUUUUCAGCUUUCUCUGCCACGGAUUCUUAAGUCCACAUGGCAGGGAGAACUGCAACUGAAUUCUGCGCUGGGCUGAGCCAAAUAGAAGAAGAAGAGUUGGUUUUAUACCCCCCUUUCUCUCCUGCAAGGAGACUUAAAGGGGCUUAAAAACUCCUUUCCCUUCCUCCCUCACAACAAAUACCCUGUGAGGUAG